UUUUUUUACAUCGUAUUUUAUUAUUGUAAAUGAAAUCCUUUAAUUUAUUUCUUGCUUAUUGACCGCCAAAUGUAAAACUAAAGUGGACUAAGGGAAGCCACCGUAACACAAAGUUGCACUGUAGUGAUGUCCCCUGCAUUUCACGUCAUCAUUUUUGCGAGUUCGUCUGCUUUAAGUGUCCAUGGCUCCAAAAUAUUAUUUCGUUUAAAACGUCUGAAAUGGUGCUUUCACAUGGUUCUUGUGUGCCAGAUUGUCUUACUGCUCAGUUUUCGCAAAGCUCAUUACAAGGAUUCUUGAUAUAGCUUCAAACAAUAUGGGGAAACCUGCCAAAUGGAAUGGCGAUGAAAGACAUUUGUUACUACCAGGCUCAGAUAUCAAGGACCACAAAUCAGGAUCGUACGAAGAAGGGCGUUGCUAUGUACCAGCCCGCUAUGUUCUCACAUUCUUGGCCUUCUUGGGUUUCUUCAACGUCUACUGUCUACGAGCCAACCUCAGCGUGGCAUUAGUUGCUAUGGUGAAUUCUACUUCCGAGGAAAAUUCUACUGUCGUAGAAGAAUGUCCAGAAUCGUCAGGGUCCAACAGCACAUCGACAUCAUCCACCACUGGAGAAUUCGACUGGGACGAGAAAACGCAGGGAAUCAUACUCGGCGCUUUCUUCUAUGGCUACAUCGUGACGCAGCUGCCGGGUGGAUGGCUGGCAGAGAGGAUCGGAGGUAAACGCCUCUUCGGGUACGGCGUCCUGUGCACUGCCCUUCUGACACUGGUGACCCCAGUGGCUGCUCGCAGUGGUAUUCCUAUGUUGGUGGCCGUCCGAGUGCUGGAGGGCAUCGGAGAGGCUGUGACGUUUCCCGCCAUGCAUGCGAUGUGGGGUGUGUGGGCGCCGGUGUACGAGCGGAGUAAACUGGUCAGCUUCAGCUGCGGAGGAGCUCAGCUGGGCACGGUGUUCGCUUUGCCAAUCUCUGGGAUACUGUGUCAGCAAGGCUUUGCUGGUGGAUGGCCUUCAGUUUUCUACGUGUUUGGUGCCCUGGGCUGCCUGUGGUUUGUAGCCUGGAUGUUGCUGGUCAGCGAGACGCCUGCCACUCAUCCUCGUAUCUCCGACAGUGAGCGUCGUUUCAUCGAGAGUAACAUCGGCCCCAAGAGGGAAAAUCUCGACGUGCCAUGGAAGAAAAUUUUUACUUCGCGCGCUCUGUGGGGCACAGUCGCUGGCCAUGUGGCCUUCAACUGGGGAAUUUACAGCACACUUACCUGCCUACCCACCUACAUGAAGAAGAUCCUUCAUUUCGAAAUUCAACAGGAUGGCUUCCUGUCGGCCUUGCCCUACUUGCUUCUUUGGUUUGUGCAGAUGUUUUCAGGCUAUUUUGCCGACUAUUUGAGAAGUAAAGGUCAUUUGUCUACAGUAGCCACCCGAAAAAUUUUCAACACCAUAGGCUGUACGUUUCCUAUGGGUCUUCUGAUAGCCACGGGUUACGCUGGUUGUGACCACACUCUGUCUGUCGUGUUGCUAACCCUAGCAGUGGGCUUGUCUGGAUUCUGCAUUGCUGGAUUUAACUGCAACCAUCUCGACAUAGCCCCAAAAUACGCCGGUAUACUGAUGGGGAUUACAAACACGUUCGCGACUAUACCUGGGUUUGUCGGGCCUGCUGUAGUCGGAAUUCUGACUAAUAAUAACCAAACCUCGGGCCAGUGGCGAAUUUUCUUUUUUAUCACGGCGGGCAUCUACGUCGUUGGGGCCACAUUGUUCUGUCUGCUGGCCGAAGGGGAGGAGCAGGAGUGGGCCCGUACCCCACCCAGUGUGUCGGCCACACUCACCCAAGAGCAGGAAGUGACUCCACCCAAUGCAGUUUACCCUCACCUUCAAGAGACUAAAGAUGUUCCUCAUCAUUCCUGAAGAAAAAAAUGCUUUACCAUAGAGCAUCAGAGACUUUGAAUGAUGGAGGGCAUUGUGAAGCUGAUAUUUAAACUCUGGCAUACUCAAGAAUGAUAUUUAAGUAAUAUAGAGUAGAAAUGUAUAGCUUGAGGUCUAUUUAAAUAGCAUGUGGACGAUUUCAUUUCGACAACUUUCAAAUUAGUGAGGUGUUGAUAAGAAAAUAACAUGUUUGUGAGACAGAUAUGGCGAUCAUGUUACAGAGAUUAUCAGUGUGGCGUGGAAAGUAUGUUAUUAGCUCAUACGGUCGGAGCAAUAUGUUUCAGGUGUGUGCGGGUAGGGAGAUAAGCUGUGACCCCAACAAUAGUACUAGUGGUUGUGAUUAUCGUAUCAGGCUGCAGUUUACUAAGAUCAAAUCUUGUGAAGAUGUUAUUUGUAUUAAUCCAAGGUUUGAACACAUAUCACGUGUUAUUAUAGCAUACUAUAGUGUGUGUGUGAGAGAGAGAGCGCGCACAGUUGAAAUGGCUUCAAUUUUUAAUAAACUUCUGAAAUC